GUCGCUAGCUUGGUAGUGUUUGUUGCUUGUGUCACCGGACAGCUCGUAACGGGACUUACACACCAUGGAGGACGGCCUGUUGGACAUUCCUGACGACAACAGCUUCGAGGAUGAAGCUUUCCCUCCCCUCCCACCGCCUCACUCCCCGGGACAGGGAGGACAGGAGGACGGAGACCCCUUUGCAGAUGGGGACAACGACGGCGAUGUGUCCAAGCUGGCUGACGUUCCUGCUGCUAAGAGGAAAGGAGUGAAGAGGCCGCAGCCCAAACUGGACUCUCAGAGGCUGAUCUCAGAGAGAGGACUUCCAGCUCUGAGGACGCUGUUUGAUAACGUCCAUUUCAAAGGCAAAGGACACGAGGCUUCAGACCUGAAGCUGCUGAUGCAGAAGAUGGAGAACUGGGCCCACAGGUUGUACCCCAAACUGCAGUUUGAAGACUUCAUUGACAGAGUGGAGAAGCUCGGCACCAAGAAGGAAGUGCAGACGUGUCUCAAACGGAUCCGACUGGACAUGCCGCUGACACAUGAAGACUUUAUGGGCGGUGAAGAAGAAGCAGCACCUCAAUCACAUGACUUUGGGGAUCCAGAUCCGUUUAAUGAAGCAAGCUUUAAUAACCUGCAAGCGCCGAUCCACUCCACCCCGGCUCCAGCUGCUCCACCCACUCCCUCUCCAGCUGCACCCUCCCUGACCGAGGAGCAGCGUAAACGCAUGGAGCUGAACAGACAGCGCGCCCUGGAGAGGAGGCUCGCCCGCCAGCAGCAGCACACAGAUCCCUCUGACUCUCAGACUGUUGACUCGUCAGCAGAUGAACCCACGUCUGUCUCCUCUGCAAACGUCCUCAGUGAUUCUAAAGAUCAAGAUGAGGAGGGUUUAGACCUGGAGCCAGUCAGCAGCAGCACACAGCAGCACAGCCAGCCUCCACACACACACUCUGAGGCUGCUGCUGAAUCUGCUCAGGCUGAAGAAGAAGAAGAAACCAACCUCAGCACCGUCAAACAACCCAGUGAGCUCCCACAGACACACUCUGAGGCUGUUGAACCUGCUCAGGGUGAGGAAGAGGAAGAAUCCAACCUCAGCAUCGUCAAUAAACCCAGCCAGCCUCCACACACACACUCAGAGGCUGCUACUGAAUCUCCUCAGUGUGAUGAAGAGGAAGAAACUGCCCUCAGCACCAACAAUAAACCCAGCAAUGAGUGUGAGGAAGGAGAGUAAUGCUCAGGUGCAGCACACACUCUGAAAUCAAGAGCUGAAAACUGUACAGACAGAGUUUUCUUUGGACAAGAACUAAACUUAAAUCGUCUCCUCGUAGCCUGUAAAGAGGAACUUAAUUCAGGUUCAGAGCGCAGUUCUCCUUGUUCCUGUCUGACGUUUAUCAUCAAGCGCUGAUCCUUCAUCUGUCGUCGUGUUUGUUGUUGAACUGGAACUGAAUUUUUCCUUUUCAGAUUUUUCCAAGUAUUUACAUUUAUUUUGUUUGACUGACUGACAGCAGUGCAUCAGGCUCCUCUGGCUCCUCCUCCUGCUCCUAAUGACUCCACCACACCUGAAUGAAACAACCAAUCAGUGCUCAGGAGGAGUCUCUAACGGAGGAGGAGGAGGAGGAGGAGCUCUGCAAACACAACAAACAGUUGCUCAGAAAAAAACACCAGCAAUGAUAAAACUGUUCGACAGACGAGUAAACAGAAGAUCAGUGAAAUAAAGCUCCACAGAAGAAGACGGUCUCGUGUUAACUCUUCAUCGCUGUGUGUGAUGUUGUGCACGUGCAGUGAUUGACGGCUGUGUCACACUCAGUGUGUGAGCCGAGCGUGACGACUUCUUCACUGAGCUGCUGUGGCUCUCAUGCGUGCAGCAUUCAUUCGCUGCUGCUUUAACGACUGUAUUUACACAGUUAUCAGCUGUUACUGCUCUCACAGGUGUCAGAGACUCCUCUUGGCUCUGAUUGGUUGUUAUAUUCAGGUGUGGUGGACUCCUGCAGAUGUCAUCAGGAGCGAACCUGAUCAUCCGUUUGAUCUCCUGCAGUCAGGAUCCAGUGACAGUUUGAGCAACAAGUAGCUGUGAUGUCAGGAACUGCAGACGAGUCGAAGAGAGCCUCGGCCUGUUUAUGUGGUGAUGUCAUCGAUGCAGCCUGUGAGGUCACUGUGACCACGUUAAAACCUUUCAUCUUCUCUGGAGCUUCAGCUGAAGAAACUUAGUCAGUACUUUUAUAAAAUGACAAUAAAUGAUUUCUCACAAAAUGAAGCUUUU